AUGCAUCCAAUAACUACAGCAACAACAACAAAAGGUCAGGGAAUAACAUUAGAAAUUGUACAAGCACAUCACUCUGUGCCAUUUCACCUAUUAUUAACAAAUAAAAGGAAGUUUGGGCAUAAGAAAAAUCAAUAUUGGAUUAUGCUAUCUAUUGAUGAUGAAAAGCUUACUCUCCAAAAGCUUGUUAACGGUCGUCAAACAUUAUUAAAGGAAAGUAUGGCCCGUGAUAGUAUUUUACAAAUAGUACAACCAAGUCGAUACAAGUAUUGGCUCAGCAUAGAUUUUAAGAAUUUCUUGGUAAAAUAUGGUCAAGGUGAAAUGAGAAAUGAAUGUACAUUGUUUAGUGUUCAUAUGAGGGAUAAUGAUGACAAACAAUAUUUAACGAAAUUAAAAUUUUCAUAUUCAAAGUUCCUAUUUGAUAAAGAUGAAGAUGAAAGUGGUGAAGAACUUAAUUUAUGUCAUCAAAUAUAUAAGCGUCCUGUGGAAGGUAACUCACCGAUACUUGUUUCCACAGAAGAAAUGAUAGAUGAUCAACAAGCGACUGAUUCUAAUAAAAUCAUGAUAGCAGUUGAAGAUUUGGAUAAACCAAAUCAACGAUUGUAUAAAACUGUUGUGGGUUUUAAACUAUCUAAUCCGAAGCAUCCACAUUUCACGAUUGCUGCGAUUGAAAGCAGUUGUCGUGAACCACCUGGAUGGUGUUAUACGACAUUACAGACAAAAGCUAAUGCUCUUACAAGAGGAGUAAAUUCAACAUCUAUUCGAAUUAGGAUCGGAAAUUUGACAUUUUUGGAAAUUUGGCCACCAAAUCAUAAAUCGACAGUCAUUCAACAUUCAUUCAACACACACGGUAUUAUACGUAUUCUUUCUAAUCCAGUUAUGAUCGAAUUUCAUCCGUAUAUCAGCGCCAAUCCGCAGCAGAAACCCUUUUUAGCACGAUUAUGUGAAGAAAAUGAAGUGCUAUACUUUAAACCAGGUCUAAAUCAAAUUUAUCGAUUUUUUAAUCCAAGAAAUACGCUGGCUAUCAUUAUACAAACCUUUGAUACGGUAGCAUUUGAAUACAUAGGCAGUGAUCGAAAGCAAAUUAAACGGCAGUCUGAAGUGUCAACUGAUAUUGAAUAUGAGAAAUUUAUUAAAUUAAUCGAAAAAGAUUGUAAAGGCAGCUAUUAA